AUGGAGGAAAACCAAUACUCAGGGUUCUCAGAGUCACCCAGGAAGCGGUGCUGUGGGUGGGGGACACGGCUUGCACUGCUGGGGCUGGCGACCGCUGCCCUGUGGGCCGGGCUGCUGUCCCUGCUUCUUAUGUGGCACUGGGACACCCUGCGGAGUCAGAGACUGCUGGAGGAGACCACUGCCCGCAACGUCUCUCACAUUUCCAAGGACUUGCAAAGACACCAGCAUGACCAGAUGGCCCAGAAAUCCCAGGCUGCCCAGAUGUUGCAGGACAUGGAGAAACUACGAGCUGAACAGAAGAGAAUGAAAUCUCAGGACGCCGAGCUGUCCGGCAACCUGGACGGGCUCCACGAGGACCUGAACAACCUGAAGGCCCAAGCCCUGAAUGAGAGGCGCGCAGCCGCGGACUCGCUGGCGAGACUCCAGGAGGAGGUGGCGAAGCUCCGGGUGGAGCUGCAGCUGUCAAAGGGCGCCGCGUGCGACACCUGCCCCGACGAGUGGGUCCAUUUCCAGCAGAAGUGCUACUACUUCGGGGAGGGCGCCAAGAAGUGGCUCCACGCGCAGUACGCCUGCGAGGACCUGGGGGGCCGCCUGGCCAGCAUCCACAGCGCGGAGGAGCAGGACUUCCUGAGCAAACGGGCCAACUGGAAGGGCUCCUGGAUCGGCCUCCAGGACCUGGACAGGGAGGGGCAGUUCACCUGGAUGGACGGGAGCCCCAUGGGCUACAGCAACUGGUACCCCGGCGAACCCAACAACCAGGGCCAGGGCGAGGACUGCGUGAUGAUGCGGGGCUCGGGCCAGUGGAACGACGCCGCCUGCCACAGCAAGCUGGACAGCUGGGUGUGCGACCGGCUGGCCACAUGCGGGCCGCCCGCCACCUCGACCCCCGAGGGGCCCCCGGGAACUACUCCAAGCCUUUGA